AUGAUCAAGACUUUCAUACUUCUGAUUCUGUUAGCCGGAAGCAACAGUCUGCCUUCAAAGAGACACUUUGGCGACUCGCACGGUGACGAUGGAGCAGAACGUUCCAGAAGCAGCGUGAAGGAACAUGAAGGAACCGAGGGACUCGUUAAACGUCUGAAGGAAUAUUUACAUUCUUACUUUCACACUUACUACAACCAUCACCAUGACGACCACACAGUGGGAAGUUACUAUGGCCAUGGAAACCAUGACGACGACAAAGUGGUGGAAGACGUCAACGACAUGAUGCCUGAUGAUAAUGCUGGUGGUAUCGAUGAUAUCACUGAUGGACAAGAUACACCAGUUAAUGAUGAUGAUGCUUCUGGUGAUACCACCGAUGAAGAAGAUACACCAGUUAUUGAUGAUGAUGCUUCUGGUGAUACCACCGAUGAAGAAGAUACACCAGUUAUUGAUGAUGAUGCUUCUGGUGAUACCACCGAUGAAGAAGAUACACCAGUUAUUGAUGAUGAUGCUUCUGGUGAUACCACCGAUGAAGAAGAUACACCAGUUAUUGAUGAUGAUACUUCUGGUGAUACCACCGAUGAAGAAGAUACACCAGUUAUUGAUGAUGAUGCUUCUGGUGAUAUCACUGAUGAACAAGAUACACCAGUUAAUGAUGAUGAUGCUUCUGAAAAUAUCACCGAUGGACAAGAUGUACCAGUUAUUGAUGAUGAUGCUUCUGGUGAUACCACCGAUGAACAAGAUACACCAGUUAAUGAUGAUGCUGCUUCUGGUGAUAUCACCGAUGAACAAGAUACACCAGUUAAUGAUGAUGAUGCUUCUGAAAAUAUCACCGAUGGACAAGAUACACCAGUUAUUGAUGAUGAUGCUUCUGGUGAUAUCACUGAUGAACAAGAUACACCAGUUAAUGAUGAUGAUGCUUCUGAAGAUAUCACCGAUGGACAAGAUACACCAGUUAAUGAUGAUGAUGCUUCUGAAGAUAUCACCGAUGGACAAGAUACACCAGUUAAUGAUGUAGAUGCUUCUGGCGAUACCACCGAUGAACAAGAUACACCAGUUAAUGAUGAUGAUGUUUCUGAAGAUAUCACCGAUGAACAAGAUAUACCAGUUAUUGAUGAUGAUGCUUCUGGUGAUAUCACUGAUGAACAAGAUACACCAGUUAAUGAUGAUGAUGCUUCUGAAGAUAUCACCGAUGGACAAGAUAUACCAGUUAUUGAUGAUGAUGCUUCUGGUGAUACCACCGAUGAACAAGAUACACCAGUUAAUGAUGAUGAUGCUUCUGAAGAUAUCACCGAUGGACAAGAUACACCAGUUAUUGAUGAUGAUGCUUCUGGUGAUACCACCGAUGAACAAGAUACACCAGUUAAUGAUGAUGGUGCUUCUGAAGAUAUCACCGAUGGACAAGAUAUACCAGUUAUUGAUGAUGAUGCUUCUGGUGAUAUCACUGAUGAACAAGAUACACCAGUUAAUGAUGAUGUUGCUUCUGAAGAUAUCACCGAUGGACAAGAUACACCAGUUAUUGAUGAUGAUGCUUCUGGUGAUGUCACCGAUGGACAAGAUACACCAGUUAAUGAUGUAGAUGCUUCUGAAGAUAUCACCGAUGGACAAGAUAUACCAGUUAAUGAUGAUGAUGCUUCUGGUGAUACCACCGAUGAACAAGAUACACCAGUUAAUGAUGAUGAUGUUUCUGAAGAUAUCACCGAUGGACAAGAUAUACCAGUUAAUGAUGUAGAUGCUUCUGGCGAUACCACCGAUGAACAAGAUACACCAGUUAUUGAUGAUGAUGCUUCUGGUGAUGUCACCGAUGGACAAGAUACACCAGUUAUUGAUGAUGAUGCUUCUGGUGAUACCACCGAUGGACAAGAUAUACCAGUUAUUGAUGAUGAUGCUUCUGGUGAUGUCACCGAUGGACAAGAUACACCAGUUAAUGAUGAUGAUGCUUCUGGUGAUAUCACCGAUGAACAAGAUACACCAGUUAAUGAUGAUGAUGCUUCUGAAGAUAUCACCGAUGGACAAGAUACACCAGUUAUUGAUGAUGAUGCUUCUGGUGAUGUCACCGAUGAACAAGAUACACCAGUUAAUGAUGAUGAUGCUUCUGAAGAUAUCACCGAUGGACAAGAUACACCAGUUAAUGAUGAUGAUGCUUCUGGUGAUGUCACCGAUGGACAAGAUACACCAGUUAAUGAUGAUGAUGCUUCUGAAGAUAUCACCGAUGGACAAGAUACACCAGUUAAUGAUGAUGAUGCUUCUGGUGAUGUCACCGAUGGACAAGAUACACCAGUUAAUGAUGAUGAUGCUUCUGAAGAUAUCACCGAUGGACAAGAUGUACCAGUUAUUGAUGAUGAUGCUUCUGGUGAUGUCACUGAUGAACAAGAUACACCAGUUAAUGAUGAUGAUGCUUCUGAAGAUAUCACUGAUGAACAAGAUACACCAGUUAAUGAUGAUGAUGCUUCUGGUGAUAUCACCGAUGAACAAGAUACACCAGUUAUUGAUGAUGAUGUUUCUGAAGAUAUCACCGAUGGACAAGAUACACCAGUUAAUGAUGAUGAUGCUUCUGGUGAUAUCACUGAUGAACAAGAUACACCAGUUAAUGAUGAUGAUGCUUCUGGUGAUAUCACCGAUGAACAAGAUACACCAGUUAAUGAUGAUGAUGUUUCUGAAGAUAUCACCGAUGGACAAGAUAUACCAGUUAAUGAUGAUGAUGCUUCUGGUGAUAUCACCGAUGAACAAGAUACACCAGUUAUUGAUGAUGAUGCUUCUGGUGAUGUCACCGAUGAACAAGAUACACCAGUUAAUGAUGAUGAUGCUUCUGGUGAUAUCACCGAUGAACAAGAUACACCAGUUAAUGAUGAUGAUGCUUCUGAAGAUAUCACCGAUGGACAAGAUACACCAGUUAUUGAUGAUGAUGCUUCUGGUGAUAUCACCGAUGAACAAGAUACACCAGUUAAUGAUGAUGAUGCUUCUGGUGAUAUCACCGAUGAACAAGAUACACCAGUUAAUGAUGAUGAUGCUUCUGAAGAUAUCACCGAUGGACAAGAUGUACCAGUUAAUGAUGAUGAUGCUUCUGGUGAUACCACCGAUGAACAAGAUACACCAGUUAAUGAUGAUGAUGCUUCUGGUGAUAUCACCGAUGAACAAGAUACACCAGUUAUUGAUGAUGAUGCUUCUGGUGAUAUCACUGAUGAACAAGAUACACCAGUUAAUGAUGAUGAUGCUUCUGAAGAUAUCACCGAUGGACAAGAUACACCAGUUAUUGAUGAUGAUGCUUCUGGUGAUACCACCGAUGAACAAGAUACACCAGUUAAUGAUGAUGAUGCUUCUGGUGAUACCACCGAUGAACAAGAUACACCAGUUAAUGACGAUGAUGCUUCUGAAGAUAUCACCGAUGAACAAGAUACACCAGUUAAUGAUGAUGAUGCUUCUGGCGAUACCACCGAUGGACAAGAUGCACCAGUUAAUGAUGAUGAUGCUUCUGGCGAUACCACCGAUGGACAAGAUACCCCAUGUUUUCCUUCCAUUGCCCUGUGUGACGUGAUAGCGGGAGAAGUAGACGACAGAGAGACGAUGACGUCGUUUAGCUGUCAGCGUGCUUAUUGA